CCCCAGGGCACUUUGAGCCCUGGACACCCCUCCCCCUGCCCGCCUGUGUCCUCUCCUUGACCCCCCCUCUGCCAGACUCGGCCUUCAACUGGGUGUCUCACUGCCCACCCGGUGGCAGAGGAGGCGAGGUGGCCCAGGACAAAGGGCUGGGUGAGGGCCACCCAGGGCCAGGGUGGGCUGGGGGGCCGUUAAGAUGUGGAGCGCUGCCCAGCUGAGGGGGGCUCCGUGGAGGCAGACACAGCAAGUGCCCGGCGGGAGCCAGUAUGGGCAGGCCUGCGGCCACGUGGUAAAUGAUGAACAUUCGGGGCACCCCGGACCUCGGGCAGCCCAGUAACGACCCCAGCAGUGGUGGUGGUGGUGGCGGCGGCAGCGAACGGGAGCGGAUCCGGCAGCGCAUGAAGAUGGUCAUCGGGCAGCUCGAGGGCAUUCUGCGGGAGCUCAAGGAGGUGGCCAAGGAGCUCCGGGAGGUGGUGACCCAGAUCGACAAGCUAACCUCUGACUUCGACUUCGAGCUCGAGCCAGAUGACUGGACCACAGCCACGGUCAGCAGCACGUCCAGUAGCGACAAGGCAGGCGUGGGUGGCCCCUUCGACCUGGCGCCCCUGGACUUCGUGACGGCUGACAUCCUCUCAGAUAGCUGGGAGUUUUGCUCCUUCCUGGACGUCUCCACGCCCUCAGACUCCGUGGAUGGGCCUGAGUCCACGCGGCCAGGCACGGGUCCCGACUACCGCCUCAUGAACGGGGGCCUGCCCGUGCCCAAUGGGCCACGCGUGGAGACCCCCGACUCCUCCAGCGAGGAGGCCUUCAGUGCUGGCCCUCCCAAGGACCAGCUGCCCCAGCGGACCCCGGGCACACGGGAGAGGGUGCGCUUUAGUGACAAAGUGCUCUACCAUGCUCUGUGCUGUGAUGACGAGGAGGCAGAUGGUGAUGCUGGUGAGGCAGAGGAGGAGGAGGCUGGCCUGUCCCCAGAGCCUCCCCACCAGGAGGACCGUGCUGGCACCCUCAAGGUCUCGGCGGUUCCCUGCAAGCCCAGGCGCUCUACACUGACUGGCCACCGCACGGGCGCCACCUCAGCCCCCGAGCAUUCUCGUCGGGUGACCCGGAAUAGCAGCACCCAGACUGUGUCAGACAAGAGCACGCAGACGGUGCUCCCCUACACAUCCUCCAGACAAAAAGGCAGGGGCAAGAACUAGAGGCCGUGUGGGGCCGGGGUGGGACAUAGAGCUAUAAAUAUCUAUAUUUAAGCACACACAGUCAUAAUAAAAUUUUAAAAUGCUAA